AUGUCCCCGGUGUAUGAAUCUCCCUGUGCCGUGCUCCUUCAGCUCCGUCACUCAACUCACUCACCAUGGCACAAAUUAGCUGUCCAAGUCUGCCAGUUCAGCUAUGCAGCACCCAACAUCACCAAUCACAUCCGCAAGGCACACAGUGGUGAGCAGUUCAGUCAGGAUGCAGCAGCAGCGGUGGGUCUGGUUGCCUGUAGCUGCGGUCAGGUGGUGUUGAAUGUCAUCGCUCUGAAGCGGCCCCAGGGGAUCAGAAAAUGCCAGAGCGGACAGAGUCAGUCAGUUGUGGCUCAGCGUUGCGGUCCAGCCAGAGACAGAGACAGAGCCACCGUCACCGAGGCCGCUGGACCCUGA